CACAUUUUUUUGUUGGAAACGCAAGAAACAUUACAGAACCAUGCUUACAUUAUAUUGAUGCUAAACACAGUAUUAAUAAUAAUACAUCAGGGACAGUUGCAUGGCGUUGCAGGUAUGAUGUUGUUCAUAAGAAUUCAUCUCUCUCUGAAAUGCUGUACCUUGUUUCUCGAACACUUACAUUAUAUUUAAAGACGACUUGCAUUGUUUCUCUUGAAAAGAAUCUCAAGAUCGAAUCAUAGAGUAGAGCAAUGUCAUACCCACGAUCUUUCUGCUGAUCUUUCGCAAUUGAAAAUGAAAAUCACCCAGGUGACUUAUAAAGCGACUCGUCAGAUCAUCGAGUGAGCACAGCUAGUAGCGUUGUUCGUCACUCGAUCCAAACAGUUGUUGCAGUAACAGUACAGCGAGUAAGAUGGCGCCAUACAUGUCGAAGCACGUCGCCCUGGUGCUUGCCAUGGCUGCCGCGAUCGUGGCAGCGCAGCAGCAGCUGCAACCAUCGGAGGCAGCGACGACCCCGGCUCAGGCGGUGGCCUCUGACGCCGACGUGCUCCUCCGAUUCCCUGGCCGGCCGGGGACCAGGCCACGUAGCCCCAUCUUCCCGGGCUUCCCCGGAGCCAGGCCGUCGCCGCCAGCGUUCGGCUUCCCGGGCACGAGGCCGUCGCCGGCACCCACGCCCGGUGUGCCGUCGACGCCGGUGUCGCAGCCGCCUUGCCCCAAGGCACCGCUGGCGCCGCUACCCGGCUUCCCCGGCCUGCCAGGCAGCGUUGGCUCUACCCCGUCGUCGCCGACGGACUGCGUGACGCCGCUGGCGGGGCUGAUGACUUGCGGGACGUUCCUGACGGGGAGCGAAUCCGAGACGCCGACGCCGCAGAGCGAGUGCUGCAGCGGGCUGGCGGGGUUCCUGAACAGCUCAAGCUCGGCAGGGAACGGCGACGACCGGACGCUGCGGUGCCUGUGCCCGGUGAUCCUGGGGGACGUGAACAAGAUGCUGCCCAAGCCGGUGGACCCUGUCCGCAUGAUGUACCUGCCCAUCGCCUGCGGCGUCGUCCUCCCGCCACAGGUCCUCUUCAUCUGCUUCACCGGGCAGCCAACCCCGCCGGUGGUCAGCCGCAUUCCUGAGAUCUGGGAGAAGCCGUCUUCAGCCUUGUCACCUUGAUUAUUGAUGUCAAUCGGUAAUAAGGGUGAUGCAGUCAGAUAUAUAUAUAGUAUGAAGUUCAAGCUUAGCAUGCAGCUGCCUGCCUCUCUACAUACAUGCAGUCAGAUGCACUUGAGAAACUCUCUCUCUCUCUCUCUCUCUCUCUCUCUUAUAUAUAU